UCUAAUAGCUACGGCAGUUAAAAAAAAAAAUCUCUCAUUAGCGCUGAGUUUACUAGCAGUCGUCGCUGUCGCGCUUCAGCGGAAGUUAGGGAACGACAGCCGUUUUGUCCGUACAACAAGAUGGCUGCGCUCAGUGUGGGCUGGAAUCGCUCAGGAAAAACCUAAACUGGAAAGCGAGUAUGAAUUUCAGUUCCAGUUUCUCAGAGACUGUGCUUGAAAAGGAGAGAAUGUGAUGUCUGUGGUGCAUCAGCUGUCAGUUGGGUGGCUACUGGAUCAUCUUUCCUUCAUCAACAAGGCCGGUUACCGGCUUUGCCCCUCCUGCCAGUACCCUGCUCCCUCAGCUUCUCAUGUUGCUCCUGUUUCUUCCACUCCUUCUACAGAGGAUAUUGUUGCUCCUUCCACUGUUGAUACUACUUACUCUACUGGAGCUGCAGUAGAGAGAACAGGGGCAACACUAAAGAAAAAAUAUGUGUUUCGGGAAGAGUUCUUUCAUGUUUUUAAGCCCCAUAUAGUUUCAGCUUCCGAACAGAAGCCCCAGCAAGAAAGCUCUGAUGCUGGCCCAAGGGAGGGGAAGGACAGUGGCAAUGGAACAGAGCAGCACGAAGGAGCCAAGAACAGCGAUGGGGAUUCCAUUGCCAGUGCUAGGAAGAAACGUAAAAGAAAGUGUAGUGUAUUCAACCAAGGUGAACUGGAUGCUUUAGAAUACCAUACAAAGAUCAGGGGUCUGAUAUUGGAAGGCACCAGGUGUUUAAUCAAAGAAGGGCUCAAAAGUGGUUUUCUUCACCCCAUUUCUGCAAAACAAAGUAGCGUCAAGAAUGUUGUUACAGGACAUGUUGGCUGUGAGAUGGCUGAAUUAUGUGAAAUGGCAAAACGUUUUCCUUCUGUGAAUGAAAAUGAUCAUCGAUCUUCACAAAUUAUAGAUGAGGAAACAUCCAUUCCAGAGCAGGAUCUGCUUUCAUGCGUUACAGAGAACAAUACAGACUUUGCAAAGAUAAUACAUUUAAUGGGGCAGAAGUACCUGGUGCCGCCAAAAAGCAGUUUCCUUUUAUCUGAUAUUUCCUGUAUGCAACCACUUCUGAAUUAUAAGAAUAAAUAUGAUGUAAUUGUGAUAGAUCCACCAUGGCAGAACAAGUCUGUUAAAAGAAGUAACCGAUACAGCCACUUGUCUUCAUGGCAAAUCAAGCAAAUUCCCAUACCAUCGCUAGCUGCUCCAAAUUGUCUUGUGGUCACAUGGGUGACCAAUAGACAGAAGCACCUACGUUUUGUUAAGGAUGAACUUUAUCCUUAUUGGUCUGUGAAGACUCUUGCUGAGUGGCACUGGGUGAAAAUUGCCAGAUCUGGAGAAUUUGUAUUUCCAUUAGAUUCUUCCCACAAAAAACCCUAUGAAGUUCUUGUGUUGGGGAGAGUUCAAGGAAAUAUAGAUUUGCCUUUAAGGAAAUCAGAUGUGGCAGUACUUCCAAUUCCAGAUCACAAAUUAAUCGUCAGCAUACCCUGCACUCUUCAUUCACACAAGCCUCCUCUUACUGAGAUUCUGACGGAAUAUAUCAAACCUGAUGCAGAAUGUUUGGAGUUGUUUGCUCGCUGCCUGCAGCGUGGUUGGACCAGUUGGGGAAAUGAGGUUCUUAAAUUCCAACACAUUGAUUAUUUCAUUGCUCUGCACAACGAAAAUGAAGUAGGAUCUUUCGGCUUAAUUUGAAAACUUCUCCACUCCCCAUAGUUCUAGAACACAGUUUUAUUAUGAGAGGUGCACUCAGAAGGCAAUGUAAAUGAAACAGACACUUAAAUUGAAAUCCUUGUAGUGAUUAGCCUUCUGAUUAGAUUAUGGUGGUGUCUUCAGUUUCACAAGGUGUUCCUGUAUUUUGAUUCCCCUUGAGAAGUAGGGCAGAUCACUUGAAGUACGUGCUUCUGAAUCAGAUUGAUUUUUCUGAAAGAAAAUACUACUUUGGGUUGGUGACAAAUCAGAAAACAAGGGAAACUGAAGUAAAUAAGUAUAAAUACAGCAUAUCUUACCACAUAGUCAUGUGUCUUUCUAUCUCCUGAGAUAAAGGGAGCAGUGCCCACAUUAAUAGGUAUGUGGACUGUUGACUGGAACAUAUUCUAUGUAAUUAUUAUAUAGUUCUAAAAAUUACACUUUUAAAAUAGUCAACAAUUCCAUCUUUUUUUAAUGCUGUUAAUACUUUGAGUAUAGUCUCAACAUCUUACAAAUUCUGCAUAUUAAGGUAUAUGUAUAUGGUAAAAGUUCAGCAGAAUAUAAAUUUUAUAAACCUUGUUUCCUCAUUCUUGAAAACAUUUUAAAAACUAAGCUAUGCUUCAUGUUUCAAUUUAUACCUAACUUACUUUUUUAGCUCCUCUUUCUUGUAAUGUUCUUGAAAAAUAUUUAUUUAAAGUUUUAUAUCCGUUCUUUUGAACUGAUAACUGUUUUAGCAAUAAUUAAAUUAUUUUUAGAAUGAUAUACUGCAUAUGUCCUUUGCUUCCCUUAGGUUUUACUAUGAAAAAGAUAACUGUUUAAUGAAACAUUGCUGUUUGUAUGCAACAUUGGAGGCAAAGAGAUCCUCGGAAGAUAAAUCGCCAUUAUUGAUAACAAGGAGCAAAAUAAAUCAUACACCUCAAAUUAAAUAAACUUUUGAUUGUUUUUAACCAAAGCCUGAUGUUCACAAGUUGUCUCUUUUGUAACUUGAACACAAUGAUUUUUAAAUUCAAUUUGUUUUGUCAGUGUAUUAUUCACAGGUUUUUAAUUUCUCUGUUAUAGUUUAUAUUGUGGUUCAGUUUCACAUUUUUUUUCUCUAUUUGGGCUGUAGACAUAGCAAAGCUGAAGUAACUUUUUUUUUACACUAGAUACAGUUAAAACAAAAAAUGUACGCAAAUAUUUCAACAAUGGAGUGCAAGCUGUUAUAAUCCUACCAGUAGGCAAAAACCUUCUUAAUAGUUAUGGGUUUCUAAUUGUCCAAAGUGUAAGGGGGGAAGAAAGCUAAGUAUGUACAAUUGGCAUUUAAUAUGUUUAUGUGUGUAUAUAUAUUGUUUUCCCUGAGUUUGUUUAGGCUUCCCUUAGGAAGCUAAUCUCGUAGUUAAAAAACAUUGUUCUAUGUUAAUAAUUAAGGGCAAAAUGUUUAUGCAAAACCUUUAUUGAUAUAAUGGGAGCUUUGCUUACAGAGUAAGUGUAAAAUAUGGUUUUAAGAUAGUUGAAUGUCAAGGGUUACAAGAGGAAGUAAAUGCUAUAUAAAACUCAGUCUAGAGCAGCUCCCAAACUGAGAAUCUCAUGAGACUUUUUUUAUAAACAUGUAAUUAAAUAAGCCCCAUGGUAC